CUUGAAUUUCAAAUCUUUAUCUACUGUGUAAACUGCCUUCGAUACUGUUGAAGCUAUUUUUAUUUUUAUUUUCCCGGCUUUGCAAAUGAGUCUCGGUGGGCGCAAGGUCUCUUGGUGGGUGUCGGCUGUCGCAGUGGCUAUUGGGAGCUAUUAUGCGUUCUCGUUUGUGCAAAAGGCGAGCAUGCUCGUCGGCGUGGGCUCAGAAUACGAGAAUGUGAACACUUCUUCCUGCAGGAAGGUUGGCCAGGGUGUUUUGCAUGGUUGCGAGGAUAUUGUUCAUUGGCUACUUCCUGAUAUGGAGUAUGACCUCGCCAACGAGGUCGAGAAGGACCACAUCUAUAUAAUGGACGAGAAGGACCAGUACUCUGAGCUGAAGGCCAUGGAGCGUACUGCUGACGGUGCCCUUGUGCCCUUUAGUCAGGAUUUCCGCGUCCACGGCUUCGAUAUAUACUGGGACCCCGUUGAUCCCGAGGACAUGACCUUUAUGUUUGUCAACCACCAGCUCGACCACAACGCCAUUUCGAUCUUCUCUCACAGGCGCGGCUCCGACUACUUGGAGCAUAUGGAGACAGUUAAAUCUCCGCUUCUUCACUCACCCAACAACAUCGUGGCUAUGUCCAAGCGUGCCUUCUAUGCAACCAACGACAUGAUGUUUAUUCGGGGUGCCCUGCGUGAGAUCACCAACAACUUGGGUAUGGCGCUGUCGCAUGUUGUGUAUCGCGAUGAUGAUGGCGAGUUCAGAGUCGCGGCCAAGAAUAUCCGCUAUGCUAAUGGAAUUGCACGCCACGGCGAGUUCAUCUAUGUCGCGUCAUGCAUGGACCCGGGGGUCCAGAUAUAUACAAUCGGGGAUGACCACAUGCUGCCCACUGGCCACGUAUACGCGACCGGUUUCCUGCGAGUCCUCGAGGUUGGCAAGUUCUUCCAUGAUCCCACAGUGGGCUUGAUGAUGCCCACUGCCACUAUUGCUGCCAUCCAGCGCAGAAAUAGUAUCGAGCGUAUGCUUGUAGGCUGCGUUGUAUGCGAUGCUGUCGUGGCCUGCGACAGCGCACAUUAAGGGGCACAUGUCUUGAACUCUUGUACUUUUCAAUCUACAACAAUCUCUGGUACUUGAUUUUCUCUACAAAUCCGUUUCCAAUGGCAGCGUCUAUCGAGGAUGGUCAUGGCUGCUUGUUUACAAGCAUCCUGUCAUCAAAACUAUCCGAAAGAGCAGCGCUCCAUGGUGGGGAGAUAUCUGCUAAAUGGGAGGUCGUCAAUUGAGGCCGGUUCGACAAACCCGUGCGCCGAUCAGUGGAUUUGUCUGAUAGACUUGAGGGGCAGAGAUCAGGAACUAGGCUUGUGUAAUCUGGCGAGAUCGGGCACUGCUUCUUUA